UCCAGCCUUUCGGUGGCAGUCGGCGCUGAGGGCAGGGUUGGGCCGGGGUUUCCGGUCUGGGCCUGCGGAAUCACUGUUUGACCUCGGAAGUGCGGGAGCUCCCGGAGCUGUCACCCGGAACGGCGGUGCCGGUGGUGAAGCCGCCGAGGAGGGUCACAUAGCACAAUGCCAGCUCUGCCCCUGGAUCAACUGCAGAUCACCCACAAGGACCCGAAGACCGGAAAACAGAGGACUUCACCAGCGCUGCACCCCGAGCAGAAGGCAGACCGGUAUUUUGUGUUAUACAAACCGCCCCCUAAAGACAACAUUCCCGCCCUAGUGGAGGAGUACCUGGAACGCGCCACCUUCGUAGCCAAUGACCUCGACUGGCUCCUGGCCUUGCCUCACGAUAAAUUCUGGUGCCAGGUAAUCUUUGAUGAAACCCUACAAAAGUGCCUAGACUCCUACCUGCACUAUGUCCCUCGUAAAUUCGACAAGUGGGUGGCGCUGACCCCUGAGGUUGCUGAAAUGCAGAAACACCUACAUCGGAGUGUUUUCCUCACCUUCCUCCGCAUGUCCACACACAAGGAAUCCAAAGAUCACUUCAUUUCCCCUUCUGCAUUUGGACAAAUCCUCUACAAUAACUUCCUCUUUGACAUCCCAAAGAUCAUGGACCUCUGCGUGCUUUUUGGGAAAGGCAACUCACCACUACUCCAGAAGAUGAUAGGAAAUAUCUUUAUCCAGCAACCAAGUUACUAUAAUGACCUGGAUGAAACCAUGCCCACCAUCCUUCAGGUCUUCAGCAAUAUCCUCCAGCACUGUGGUUUGCAAGGGGACGGAACCAGCAGUACACCCCAGAAGCUCGAGGAGAGGGGCCGGUUGACCCCCAGUGACAUGCCUCUCCUGGAGCUAAAGGACGUUAUUCUCUACCUUUGUGAUACCUGCACUACGCUCUGGGCUUUUCUGGAUAUCUUCCCUUUGGCUUGCCCAACCUUCCAGAAACACGACUUCUGUUACAGACUAGCUUCCUUUUAUGAAGUGGCAAUUCCGGAAAUGGAGUCUGCAAUUAAGAAGAGGAGGCUUGAAGACAGCAAGUUGCAAAGGCUAUUGGCUGACCUGUGGCAGAGGCUCUCCCAUUCCAAAAAGAAGCUAAUGGAGGUUUUUCACAUCAUCGUGAACCAGAUCUGCCUCCUUCCCAUCCUAGAAAGCAGCUGUGACAAUGUUCAGGGCUUCAUCGAGGAGUUCCUUCAGAUCUUCAGCUCCUUGCUACAAGAGAAGAGGUUCCUCCGUGACUAUGAUGCACUCUUCCCUGUGGCUGAAGAUAUCAGCUUGCUGCAACAGGCCUCAUCAGUCUUGGAUGAGACACGCACUGCCUACAUCCUCCAGGCAGUGGAAAGUGCAUGGGAAGGAAUGGACAGACGGAAAGCCAUGGAUACUAAAGACCCAUCAGUGGCCAAGGAUCCUAAUAGAGAUUCUAAUGGGGUCACAGUGACACCAAAGCUAUCCAGUCAAAUGCCAUCACAACUGCAGAACUCAGAGGAAGAAGAGCUCUCACUGCAGUGCAUGGGAGCAGCCGCCUCCCUGGGCCCCACCAUGGGCAGUGUUGAACUGGACUCACUCAUCUCCCAAGUGAAGGACCUGCUGCCGGACCUUGGGGAGGGCUUCAUCCUGGCCUGCCUGGAGCAUUACCACUACGACCCAGAGCAGGUGAUCAAUAACAUCCUGGAGGAGCGGCUGGCACCUGCCCUCAGCCAGCUGGACCGAAGCCUAGCCAGACAGGCAAAGCCAGACCCCACGCCCCUACUGACAUCUCGUCACAACAUCUUCCAGAAUGAUGAAUUUGAUGUGUUCAGCAGGGAUUCUGUGGACCUAAGUCGGAUACACAAGGGCAGGAGGAAGGAAGGGAACACUCGGAGCCUGCUAAAUGACAAGCGUGCAGUGGCAGCACAGCGGCAGCGCUAUGAGCAGUACAGUGUGGUGGUGGAGGAGGUGCCACUCCAGCAAGGUGACUACCAUGGUGAAAACUAUGAGGAUGAGUAUGAUGACACUUACGAUGGCAACCAGGUGGGCGCCAAUGAUGCAGAUUCAGAUGAUGAGCUCAUCAGCCGCAGGCCCUUCACCAUCCCCCAGGUGCUGAGAACCAAAGUGCCCGCAGAAGGGCAGGAGGAGGAGGAUGAAGAGGAGGAGGAGGCUGAAGACGAGGGCCCCAAGCCUGACCAUUUUGUGCAGGACCCUGCAGUAUUGAGGGAGAGGGCAGAAGCUAGGCGCAUGGCCUUCCUUGCCAGGAAGGGGUACCGGCAUGACAGCUCAACACCAGUGGCUGGCAGCCCCCGGGGCCAUGGACAGAGCCGGGAAACAACACAGGAACGCCGGAAGAAGGAAGCCAACAAAGCAACAAGAGCCAACCACAACCGGAGAACCAUGGCUGACCGAAAGAGAAGCAAAGGCAUGAUCCCUUCCUAAGGUGUCCUCUCCAUCUGGCCCUUUGGGGGCCCCCAACUUCAACUUGAUCCCUCAACAGCCUCAGCUUUGCAGCCCCUGAGAAGGCCACCUCGUUGCCCACCAGCCAUCCAGGAGCACCUUCUUGUAGAACACACAGUGCCUUAUCCCUUGGCAGAGGAGCCCACUGGCCAGCAAGAAACCUCUUUUCCAGCUGCACUGGUCGGAAAGGGCAGGGGACAGAGCCCCAAGACAAGCCCCCCAGACCUUGUGCACCGGACACCACUUCCCUUUACUCCUGGAUGGCUGGAAACCUGUAUGUUCAGAAACAACACAAGGCCUACAAAUAAAGUUUCUGACCCUUUUCAGCAACGAUUUGUGACGUGACAUGAUCCACUCCCAUAUCUUGUUCUGCAAUGACAGUUGCCAGCUGGAGGACAAGAGGGCAGGGCAGUCCCUGUGCUGUCUUUAUUGAACUUUCUUGCUUGCCUCUCCGUUUAACCCUUCUUCAUGUUGUUCUGCCUUGCUGUGUGACCGUGAGCACACCAGACCCUUCUCUGAGCCCCCAGUUGCUGCCUAUGGAAGGAAGAGCUGGAGAGUGGACGGUUCUGUGGCCCUUUCCAUUGUCUCAUUCAGUCCAGACAACCUCUGCCCUAGGAGGUAGGUACUGUUUUCAGCCCAUAGUACAGAUGAGUAAAAUGAGGCACUGAGGGCUGGAGUGCCUGCCCAGGCCACAGCCAGGAGCUGGCAGAAUUGGGAUUGGACACUCAGUGUGACCCAGGACCCUUAUGGGUCCUAGACCCCUGUAUGUGAUAUUAUCUCCAUCUCAUAGCUGGCCCAAGGCCAUGUGGCCAGUAGUAGAGCCAAAUUCAGUGCCUCAUGGUUGUACAUACACUCUAUUAAACCCUCCAAAAUCCAGUGACUAAGAAACAAGCAGGGAUGCCCAGUUGAAGUGCAUGGGAGUUGGCCUGGUUCCUCAAAGUUCCCUCCCAGGUGUAGCCAACCAGUCCCCAGUGUGGCAGUGGCUGCCAGGUCUCCCAGAGCGUCACUAAUCAAUACAGAUCAACGGGGCAUUUGCUGGGCUGAUCUUAGCCCAGCUUGGCCUGGGGCUCAUCAGUGGAAGCCAGGGCCCACGCCCAUCUGGACCUUGACAAAUCACCCUGGGUGCUAGUGCCAUUUAUUUGCACAUAGUCAGGAUAAGCGUGUGAGGCAGAGGCAGACAGGCGCUUGACGGAUUGGUUUUGUUAGGUUAUCCCGCACAAGUGAAAAUCAAUAACAAUCCCUGUGUCUUGUGCUUCUCUUGGUGUGUUUGAGAUGCAGAGCAGAUCUGGGGGUGGUGUCCUCUCUGAGAGCUGCAAAAUUAGCUGAGAUCAGGCCCAGAGUCAGCCAUCCUGACAGGCAGUGGGAAGACUGUUUCCUCCCAGAGGCAUUUUCCAGUGACCAGGCUCCUCAGACCCAGUUCUUUUCCCUGGCAUUAGGCAAGGGACCCUGGAAGCUUGGGCUUUACCUGCCUUACCUGCUCACACAGCUCUUCCCACCUUCACUUCAUCACCUGUGCCUCCCAGCCACUCAGAAUAGUGUUCAGGUUUCCCAGGAGCCUUCUGGCUUAAAGGGUCUGAAAAGGCCAUUUUUCACAUUUUCAGAAAGUAGUGCCGAGUCAAACUUAGUCUCCCUUGAGGAGCUGCUGCUUUCUGCUUUCAGAUCUCAAGGGCAACCAUUCAGGAUGCUUUGAAAACAGCUCAGGGGCCAUCAGAAUGGUGCUCACAGGCACCCCUUCCCCUCAGGCCCUCAGUAUUCCCAUCUGUGAAGUGAGUGUGUUAGACCAGACAGGUAGUUUUCUCUUGGUGCCAAUGAAAUCCAGGGAGGAGAUUCCCAGGUUUAAGACUGGCAGCUGCAGAGUAGGAGUAGAGUCAGUGGCUGCCCUGCCCCUGCCUGCUCUGUUACUAAAGCCGGCCACCCUCACUGCUGCUCCUAUGCAGGUAUCUUCUAAGUGCCUUCUCUGUGCCCUGGCAGAGAACAUGAUUAUCACAGAUGUUUCCUGGGAAGAUUUUAAGAUCUUGUGCCUCAGAGAGGACUUGGCACCUGGAUGUCUUUAUUUGUAGUCCUAGAAUAGCAGUGGUGGGGGGCAUAGGCAUUUGAACAGAGCUUCUGUGCCCCUGUGAAGAGUGGGGUAGAACUGAUCAUUGUUUAUUAAAAGGGACCCAGAGGGCCGGGGAUUUAGCUCAGUGGUUCCGCCACCUGCCUCACAAGCGCAAGGACCUGAGUUCAAUCCCCGAUACAGAAAAAAAAGGGACCCAUAAAAGGGACCCAGGAGCCCAUUGAGGAAACCUGGGCAAUUAAUCUGUCCAAAGCUGGUGGCACAAUCGUAGCAGAGCCUGCACGCAUGUCCUUUCUGAGUUGCCUCUUAAAAACCAGCCCGGAGGAGGAAAUGGUUGGCCAGAGCCUACAUGUUGCUGUCACACCAAGAGCUUGGGGAAAAUAGUACAGGGAAGGAAAGAAAAAGCAAAUAAAGGUCAAUCCACAGAAAAGGCAGGGGCUGUUAUGUAGCCCUUCAAAAUGACAUCAACAAAGACUUGGUAGCACCAUGGGAAGGUUUUUUUUUUUAAGAAUAAAUUUAAAGGGGCCGAGAAUUUAGCUCAGUGGUUCCACUGCCUGCCUUGCAAGCGCAAGAUCCUGAGUUUGAUCCGCGGUACCAAAAAAAAAAAAAAAAAGAAUAAAUUUAAAAGCAGAAUACACAAUGGUAUGAUGCAUCAUGAUUGUAAAAAUGUAAAAACAAAUUUUUCUUGCAUAUAGACCAAAUCUGGAAAGGAAUGUACAUAAAUAAAAAUAAAAGUAAGAGUGUGAGUGAUGGUGGUAGUGAGGCCACACAGAUUUGUAAUAAUAAAAGCCUUGCUGAGUACCUGCCA